CAACCCAGGUAUUUUUCUAAUCACAUUUAAGAGAUUUUGUAUUUGGACUUGCAUUUUACGACUAAUUUUUAAAUAUCAUGUUUGACAAACUAUUUUAAUGAUGAAUUCUAUGUAGUGUAUCCCCCCCGACCCAAUGCCGUCGCCAUGCAACCGCCGGGAGGCGGCGGCGAGCUGGCCGGCAAGGCUGGUCAGAAGUUCCUAUUUGUUAAAUUUAAGAUGGGGAAGCAUUUCCCUGCAGCCGAGGAGGAUCUUCCUGCUCCGGUUGUGGUAAAGAAGGGGCAGUUUUCAGGGAAGAGUGAACUGAGAAAUAAGGAGAAGGAGGUGGUGAUCGCUUUUCCCUUAUCGGCGGCGGCACAGGCGGCCGUGCCGCCGGAGGCGAUCGAAAUCUCGAUCACCGACAAGAACAAAACCGCGGUCGGUAAGUUGAACCUAGAACACAACGGCGGGUGGUACGAGCACAGUGAGACCGAGGCCGCAUUGACCUCGUACCCCUUCACCGCCGACAAAGACGAGAAGCAGGAGAGGCUGUGGCUUGGUGUUUGGUCGGGAAGCAAAACCCACCCCGAUUUCCGGGGAGCGGUCUUGGCAACCCCUCCGGCGGCGGCGGGCAAUUCCGCCGCCGUCGACACCAAGAAACACCCCUCUCUUUCACCCAAAGACCAUGUCCACCCCAAGUUGGCAUACUAUCAACUCUUCCUUUCCCCUUUUGUCACAAAGGACCCAGAGAGAAUGAACGAAAAGUACAUGCAGUUCUACUUGGAGGCCACCGUAGCAAACCAAACGGUUCAAACAAUGUCCUUCCCUACUCUUCCUAUUGUCCCCAACGAACAAGACCUUAAUAAGCCAGACUCCAGACCCUACACCCCCCCCUUCUUGUUCGUCAAGGUCAACGGCACCCCACCGGAUUCCGUCAAACUUGUCCUCAAACUAAUGGCUUAUGUCCGUAAACCCCUGGAAGGCGGGAAGAAAACCGAGCUGAAAGCGGUCGGGACCGCCGAGAAACGGCUGAACACGGUGGGCACGGACAAGUUCGAAAUGGUCAAGGUGAUGUCGCGCGGAGACGGUGAGGAGGAUAAGAAGGAUACCGGGGUUUUGGUUGGGGUCCGGAAGAGCGGGGACCUCACCGGCUACCACGUUUUCGACGAGCCGCUGGAUCGGAGCUCCAACUUGCAUGCGACGGAGGUGUCGAAGUGGGAGCCGGCGGCGAACAAGAUAGGGUCACUGACGGUGAGGAUCAAGGGCGCGAGGGACGUGGUGGCCGCUGGGAAGAAGGGGGGGAAAGGGGCGGACGUAUACUGCGUGGCGAGGUACGACCGCAACUGGCGCCGGACUGCAACAGUCGUCAACAACCCCGCCCCGCAGUUCGGCGACUCGUUCGAGUGGAACGUGUACGAGACUAACACCGUUUUCACCGUCGGCCUCUUCGAAAACUGCCAGCUCUCCGCCGCAGCCGCUGCCGCCGGCGAUGACAAGAAGAAGGAACCGGCGGCGGCGGAGGACAAAUUCAUCGGGAGGGUUAGGAUUCCCGUCUCCUCCCUCUCGAAUAACAAGACUUACAAUUCUGAAUUCGUCUUCCGUGUCAGGCAACCCGACGGCAGCCUCAAGGAAAUGGGAAAGCUUGAACUGGAGUACAGAUUCACCGGGAGGUUACUGCAGUCGGCGCUGCAAUACUUCCGGCCGCCUCUUCCGCGGCUGCACUACACGCACCCAAUACCGGAGGGGGACGUCGACAGGCUCCGCCCCUUCGCGGCGGGGCUGGUGGCGGACGAGCUGGCGAAGGAGAGUCCGCCGCUCAUGAAGAAGGUGGUGGAGUCCAUGUACGGGGCGGGCGACGAGGACCGGCGGCGGCGGAGAAACGACGAGGCCGAUCGGGAGUACCUUUGGCGGUUGGGGAACUGGGCCUACUCGGCAUUGGAGGACGCCUUUUCGUGGAGGAACCCUAUGGAAACGUCGUGGGUUCUAUCUUUCCUUAUAUACGCAAUCGCAUUUCCGGAGCUCGUUCUGCCCACCGUUUUUGUCAUCUUGGCCGGCAUUCCGAUGAAAUCAUACUUCAAUAGCCCCAUACCAAUAAAGGGCCGCGUCCUCCUAGUCGACGUCAUCAUGGAGAGAGCCGAACCCGACCAGACGACGAAUGCGAGGUACGAGGCACUAAGGAAGAAGGCAUUGGAGUACGAGACGUUGUUGGACAAGUACGCAACGAAAGCGGAGGGCCUAACGGCGCUCCUGAGCUGGCGCAACCCUUUGGCCACCGCCGCCACUAUGGCCUUCUGUGCCGUGGCGGCGUUGCUCCUCUUUUUUGUGUCAUUCCAAACCGCCGCCACCGUUUUUGUGCUUUGUGUCUUCUUGCAUCCCUUAUUUGUUCCCCCGCAAGGCCAGGGAGGACGGCAAAUGCAAGUGGUUGGGUCUCCCGGCGGCGGUGAGUAUGAUCGUCCUCUCAAGUUUCUAUUGGUAAAGGUGAUGAUGGGUAAUGGUUUUCCGGUGAAAGCCGGUGAGGUGGCGGUGAAGUUGGUGGUGGAGCCCCCCGGGGCGGCGGCGGAGGUUAAAACGGGUGAACUGAAUAAGAAAAAAGAUAAAGUGGAGGUGACGGUGUACUUCUCGGAGCAGGAGGUAGACGACGGCGGGGUGACGGAAGUCGAGAUUUCCCUGAAAGGAGAGGACAAGACGUCCCUGGGGAAAACGAGAUUGGUCGUUCCCUCGGACCGGACGCUUCUCGACGACCCCGCCCUCUCCCGUUGUUCCUUUACCAACGAGGAGAAGGAGGAGUUACAAGCGGUUGUUUGGUGGGCGGGGAAAGAUAACCCCGACUUUGUCAAGGUGGUUAAAGCGGGGUCGAAAAUGUACGCCCUCCCGAAUUUGGUGUAUUACAAUCUCUGGAUCAACUCUCUAAGCAACCUCAACCCCACCCUCCUCCCUCAGAAUUCUUUGUACCGGGUGAAGGCAAUCAUCGGAGCACAAUCGUCGACCACCGCGGAGUUCUUCCAUCCGAGUCCCGUAACGCAAGCCUUGAACUACCCACUCUGGUUCGUUAAGGUUUACCGCAAAAGCCUGCCGACUGGCGAACUCAAAGUCGAGCUGCAGGUGGCUCCAGCCGAUUCCCGCAUGAAGCCGUGUGGAGAAUACAAAGUCGUCGCCAGCGGCGUCCAAAAGCUGGAGGAGUUGUAUAAGAAGAAUGAGGGGGUGGAUGUUGGGUUGAAGAAGCCCAAGUCUGGCGGCGGUGGGGGGGAGGACGACGAGGGGAAAAAGGAGAGUGUGCUCGGGGUGGUGAGGGUUGCGAUGGGACGCGAGGCACCGUAUUGCCACGUGUUUGAGGAGGAGCCGGAUAAAUGUAGCGACCUCCGAACGCCUGCUCAGAUACACAUGAAUAGACCGCCGGCGAUCGGGUACCUGGAGGUUGAAAUAAAGGGCGUGAAAAUAGUCAGGCCGAUGAAGGUCCGCGGUGGCAAAGCCACGGCCGACACGUACUGCCUGGUCAAGUGCGGCCGCAAGUUGCACCGAACGCGAACCGCCAUUGGGAGCCUCAACCACGCUAUCCAAGAGCAGUGCAGUUGUGAGGUGUUUGACACGCACACCGUUUUCUCAGUCGCCCUCUUCGACAACCGCCAGGUGGCCGCCGGGGCCGGGGGUCAAAAGGAGAAAGAGAAUGAGAAAGAGAAAGAGAAAGAGAAAGUGAAAGAGGUCGCGGACGUAUACAUGGGGAGGGUGGUGAUCCGCAUCUCCACCCUCCUCCCGUCGCUCCCCGCCUUCAAAACAAGAAACACCUACCUCUCCACGUUCCCGCUCUAUCUUAUCCAACCUAACCCCCCGGACCGCUGUAACGUGAAGCUUAUGGCCGAGCUCACGCUCUCAUAUUGCUUUACCUUAUACACUUCAUCUUCCAAGCAUUUUCUCCCCAUGCUCUUCCGCUCCCCUCUCCCGCCACCCAACCCGUGGAUACCACCCGAGGCGGAGAUCCUUAGGCUCCGCCACAGUGCGGUUGCCUUGGUGGCGGAACAUAUGUCGAAAUAUGAGCUGCCGCUCGGGAAGGCGGUCGUGGAGGACAUGCACGAGGACUACGAACCCAGCUUCAGCUUCCGCCGGUACGUCACCCACCGGCAGCGCCUCCUGAGGGCCGCGGCCGGGUUCUUCUUCCUCCGAAACUCCUUCACGAGGGUCGUCACCUUCGUGAAGCCGGUGAGGAUGGUCCUCUUCUCCCUUCUCUUCAUCCUUCUGAUCUGCUGCUCCGACCUCAUUCCCCACAUCCUUCUUAUCUCCUUCUUCGUCAUUGGCCUCUUUAACUUGUUCCCUUACCCCAAGGAACCGCCCCAAAUCAACCCACUGCUCGUGGAUAUAGCUCAGAGAAUAAAUCCAAUUUGCAUUGACGAGGAGGCGGACACGACCCCGAGCAGCCGGCCGCCGGAGGCGAUAAAGAGCAGACACGACGAGCUGAGCAAAGUGGUCCGGGGAGCCGAGAAAAGCAUCGGCCGCGUGGCGACCGGUGCCGUAAAGAUCGGGGCGUUACUGCGGUGGUGGGACCCACGCGCCACGGGCGUCUUUGUCGCCUUCUGUGUCGCGGCCGCGGCGGCGUCGUAUCUCACCGGCCCGCUGGUUUCCUGCGUUCUCGCCGCCGCCGUCUUAGUGCCCUUGCAUGUCCUCGAGAUCAAGAGAAGGAUCCCUUCUCCGCUCUCCUGCUUCAUGGGCCGCCUGCUCAAUGCCCAUCCACUCAGGCUAUAAUCACACCAAGAAUGACACCAAGGUUGACAUCACGUCCAUUUUAAUUUCAAUUUACUUUGUAUUACCUCUUUCACUUACGUUUAAGCUUUUUUCUUGAAGGAGCAUUAUUUUUUUAGAAAUAUUUGCACUAAAUAACACUAAAAUUUAAAUAAUUUUCUUAAAUAGCACUUAAAAUUUUUAUUCCAUGAAUAACACUUAGUAAUGUCC